CUUGGGGUGGCGCACACACUUCCUGCAUCGUCGUGCUCACGCGGUGGGCCCAUUUUUCCAUUUCCCUUCUCGUCUUGAUGGCUGUUCUCGGUUUCCGUUGUGCUAGAAAUGUGUAUGUAGCCUCAAAGUGACGUGACAGAACAAAGCCAAAAGCCAUCCGGACGGAUGCUAUAGCAACUGCGGUUGUGUAGUAGCCGCGGUGUAGAAGCAGGAGCCCAGUAGGCGAAAGAACCAGUAGGCGCUCCGCCAAACGUGCGUUCCAUCGAGCUUGUCUACGAGUGCAGUCUUUGGUGAGCACAUUAAAAACUGGCCGCGGACGGAGCACCGUGCCAAAAACACAUAUUCGCUGUCCGAGAUGUCCGAGAAUCGGGACGAAAUUCUGGCCGAUUUUCAGAGCAUAACGGCCAUUGACGAUGUUAGUGAGGCGAUCUUUCAUCUGGAGGAAUGCAACUGGAAUUUAAUAUCAGCCAUACAGCGUGUCCUGCCGCAGGAUCCGUCCGAUCAUCAGCAUGCGCCACCGGUGGCUGCCGUGCCAUUAUCCAAUCACCGCCCGGGGUCCGGUUCUUCGCUCACACACAACAGUAACACUGCCGGCAACCGGAAUAGCAGUAGCAGCAGCAGCGUCUCCGCCCUGUUCGGUGGCGGCGCUGGAGGGAUGUAUGCUAAUGAGCUAAAUCACUUCGAAGCCGUCUCGAACGUGGAGGAACUAAUGACGGCGCCGUCGUCGCCGGUGAAAAGCAACUUCAUCAACAACAGCAACAGCGGCAGCGGUGGAGCCAUCAACAACUUCGAUGCUCGUGCAUCCACGUCGCGUUCGGGCAGUAGCAACGAUUUCCGCACUGUUCUCAACUAUCUCGACACAAAGCCGUACGAUCUGCUGUUUAAAAUACACUUCAAGAACGGGGUGCAUCUGAUCAACAUCUCGAACCACGCGACGAUCGGUGAUCUCAAGGGGAAGAUCUUCGACAAGACCAACGUCCCGGUGUGCCGGCAGGCACUGAAGGGCUGGGAGCCGGGCAAACAGAAGGACACCCAGAACCUCUCGACGCCGCUGAAGUCGCUCAACAUUGUUGGCAAGGAGUUUAACCUGAUCCUGAAUGAUCUGACCGAGGAAGGUUUCGUCGGCGAAGGAGGCAGUGAUGCGUUGGCCGUGCUCAACCAGCAAACCUACACACUUCACAUCAACGUGCAGCCCGAGAAUCGGUUGCUGAAGCUAAACUUUCCCGGCCAGCAGAAUGUGCUCGCUAUCAAGAGUGCCGUCUACACGGUGACCGACAUUCCCGUGCGCCAUCAGGUGUGGUCCGGGUGGCCCAGCGACGUCACCAACGCGAUGACGCUGGCCGAAUCGGGCGUCGGGCUCGAGCACAAUCUGGUGCUCAAUCGGUCCGACGACAGUGCAACCAAGAUCACCAACAACAACAACAACAAUAGCAGCAACAACAACAAUAACGGCGUUGGGAGCAGCAGCAACUAUCUACGGAACGUGCUGGUUGGUGCGGGAACGAGCGGAAACAGUGGCAGCGGCAGUCGCAGUGACCUCCGCCGACACGCUUUCAAUGCCGCAGGCAACGACAGCCUACCGAUCAUAGCGAUCGAUUCGGAGAGCAGCGGCGAAGAGUUCGAGGAUGCGUCGGACUUUAACAAUGACGACGACAUUUUUACCGAAACUCCAAUCAUCAAUCAGCAGAAGCGUUUGAUUCCCGAUAAUACGGACGAUGAAGCGAUCGGCAGCAUACAGUUUGUGGAAAAUUUCGUCGAACGGUACGGGCCGCAGCAUCCGAUGUUUUUCCAGGGCAGUCUUGAGGAUGCGCUGAAGGAGGCUUGCCAUCGACCGUCGGCUCGUGAUCGUAAAUUGCUGGCAAUUUAUCUUCACCACGAUGGCAGCGUUCUGACGAAUGUGUUUUGUGGCCAGCUACUGGCCUGCGAGAGCAUCGUGCAAAUCUUGCUCGAUCAUUUUGUGCUUUACGGGUGGGAUCUAACAUUCGAAAGUAAUAAAAACAUGUUUUUGUCGUCGAUAUCGGCUUGCGUCGGCAUGACGGCUUCGAUAACGGUACGCAAUAUUCCGACCGAUCGGUUGCCGGCGAUACUUGUGAUAUCGAAAAAUCGCAGCCAGUGCGAAGUGUUCCAGGUGAUCUACGGGAACGUUGGUGUGGACGAUCUCCUGUCGAAGCUAAUGGAAGCGUCGGAGAUGUACAGCGAGCAGCUAAAGAUGGAACUGCGUGAAGAGAACGAACGGCACGCCCGGGAGCAGGUGAAGUUGGAGCAGGAUGCGGCGUAUCGCGAAAGUCUGGAGGCAGACCGCGCCAAACAGGAGGCCAAGCGACAGAAGGAGAUGAUGAUGCAGUCUGAGCGGCGCCGGCUAGAGUCGGAACGGGCGGAGACUGAGGCGAAACGGGAAGCGAUACGGGAAAUGGCUCGCCAAACAGUGCCGGACGAACCGCAGCAGAACGGCGGCGACAGCAUCACCAAGAUCCGCGUCCGCACCCCGUCCGGGGAGAUGCUUGAGCGCAAGUUUAUGGUCGAAACGAGGCUCGAACUGUUGCUAAACUAUAUCACUGCCGAGGGCUACCUGAUCGACGAGUUUAAGGUGAUCUCUAGCUGGCCCAGAAGAGACUUAACCGCACUGAACCCCGCGAGCACGCUAAAGGAACUGAAACUGUACCCGCAGGAAACGUUGAUCCUCGAGGAACGAUGAUUUUGGAUCCGCGUCGCGUGUUGUACUUUUUCCACAGAUCAUCAUCAUCAGCAGCAGCAGAAGCUUGGUUGGCAUGUUGGAGAUUUUUUCUUUUCGAUUCAUUUGUCACACCACCGGAACGACACGUGCUGCGGGGGGGUUGCGUGCGCCGGCGGCGUGGAACGCAAACCCUCCCUCUUCGUUACGCUGUGUCCGUUUCGCACGCUGCCUUCCGAAAAAGAUUCUCCCGAAUUGUGCUCGUCCGAAUAUUGUGUGCACGGGUUUUGCGAAGCAACGGAAGGGCCCAAAUCUGUAGUAGAGUGUCAUAAAUGUUUAACGUAGGUUGAAUACUCCUAUAGUAGUUGUGUUUUGUGCUAUGAUUACGCUACGAUGCUAGAGGUUCCAUUACAGCGCCCAACGAAUGUCCUAGGCGAAUGGUUUUUUCUCGUUUUGGAAGUGGCUGCUUCUUCGGCUAAAGCCGGGAACAAAGCUGUGAUGCACGCCACUCGCGACCUCUCGGCUACUAAAAACCCGUUCUCAUUUGUAGUGCGUAUGACCAUGUUAGAGAGAGAGUUAGAAAUGUAUUAAAAUUGUAUGAUGAUCAUGCUCCCAUUUGUCCCUACUUUUCUCUGAUUUUCCUUCUGAUUUCUGCCUCUAUAGUGUGUCCGUGUAUCGUGUGAAUUUGCUGCUGUUCUAUCUACUGUACUGUCUUUACAUUGUAACGCAGCCACACCGUGAGUCACGAUUCUACCGCAGGGUCGAAGAACCUUUUUUUUAUUUUACCUGUAACUCCUACGUCGAGGACGAUGAAUGGUGAUAAAUAUGUUACUAUAAAUGGUUUGUUUUAAAGAGGGCGUUUGUUUCAUUCUUCUACCGCCGCCGAUCCCGAGCAGCAAGUAUUCGAAGCAAAUAGAGGAGAACUAAGUGUAAGAAGAUGCAAAAGAUGUGAAACAAAACAGAAACAAAUAGAAAACU